AUGCUUGGCACACCUUCGAGGACGCCUUCGCAAUUCAGUAACGAUGUGGAAGUUUUUGCGAGGAAGGUAUUCGUUGGCGGUUUGCCAAUCGACGUUACUGAAGAGGAAAUCUGGCAGACAUUCUCCGUUUUUGGAAACGUGCUCGUUGAUUGGCCGCGUCGACCAGACGGCACAAGUGCUCGUGAUGAAGAAUCCGGUAGAGGAUGUGAGGCAAAUUUUCUAAGCAGCCUAGCGCUAGCGUUCCCAGUCUUAUUUGUUUCAGCUCGUUCCAUGACCGGAUACGUUUUUCUCGUAUUUGAAGAAGAAAGUUCGGUUCAGUACCUUGUCAGCGAAUGUCAUAAGGAGGACGACAGAUACUAUCUAUUUGUUUCGUCGCCAACAAUGCGAGAUAAACCAGUACAGGUCAGACCAUGGCGAUUGGCUGAUAUGGAUUUCAUCUCAAAUCCGCGCACAGUUAUGGACCCUCGCAGGACCGUUUUCAUUGGCGGGGUACCUCGUCCAACGAGAGCAAGUGAAUUGGCAGAAUGCCUCGAGCGUCUUUAUGGCCCAGUAUGCUACGUGGGAAUCGACAUAGAUCCAGAGCUGAAAUACCCCAAAGGAGCAGCACGAGUCACAUUUGUUACGACACAAGCAUUCAUUGCGGCAAUCAACGGGCGCUUCGUGCAUGUGCAUCACGGAGACUCACAGAAAAGGGUGAGUAGUGUGCAAGCUCGUCUUCACCUCCGAGGCAUCAGAUUUCGUGUUAAUUGUGGCAUAAGACAUCUAUGUAGAAUACGAGAGCGACUCUCCAACAGUCCUUCUCGCUACCGACACAAAGCUUCCAGCCCUGUCAACCUCUCGUGCCAUAGUUCUCCUCUCCUAAUACCACUGUGUCCCACGUGUCUCGGACCAUGCUAA